AGAUGUUUUCAAAUUGUUUUAUUUGGGGAUAAAAAGCUAUUGAAACCCAACCUGGCCCAUGAUGGAAAAAUAAUUCACCCCUGCCCCGUUUAAGCCAUGUAACACUUUGUAGGUUCACUAGCCAUGCCUAUGAUUACUGCAGUGCCCAUUAAAGGAAAUGGUAAAACUUGAACAGAACUUUUUCCAAAAAUAAACCUUGUGGUCAGAUUGAAAUCAAUUCAAGAAUAGACACAGCACCAAUGAUAUCAGCCUCAAAGGGCCACUAAGCCAUUUUUGAGGCGUUGUGGUCUAUUCAUGAUGAACUUGAGAAAACAUUGGAAAUUACUCAACACUUAGGUUAUAUAUAUAUAUAUAUAUAUAUAUAUAUAUAUAUAUUGCAUAGACUGCAUUACAGUAGUUCAAUCACAUUUUAUUCUUUUUAUUCUCUUAACAGUUAUGAACAUGCUUACAAAGUGUUUUCAGAGACGCAAGGUCCGCUACAGGAGAUCCGUCCUGCCCACGAUCAACAAUGCAUGUUCAUUUAUUUGAAAAACGAGUUGUCUUUAAUUUCCCAUUGGCAUUAAAGUAUUUUCGAAUUAAAUUUUAAGAUCAUCCCAAGUCCCACACUAAUGUCAAACCUUCAGGAACCACUUGUAUAAUAUAAACUUAAAAUGUAAACUCUAUAACAUACAAUAUGUUGCUAUUUAAGUGCAAAUGUGAGCAUGUUUAUUUUCACCAUCUUUCCUAUGUGCUUUAAUUGGGUACCGUGUUCAUUUUGAAGGCGUCUGUAGAGACAGAAGGAGGGGGGUCAGUUUGGUUGGGGGAAGUGCUUUAAAAAACACACAGGAAGAACAGAGACCUGCGUGUUAAUGUUUAACCUGAAAAAACAUAAAAAUCCCCCGCGGUGCAACGCCUCGAAGCAACCAACCUUGAACGCAGCAAACAUGAAAACAUUUUUUAUCUAGUAUAAAACUACACGAGCAUUUAUAAACCAAACAAGAGCCACCCCCACCCUUUAAGAAAGCAGGGCCAAAGUUCACAGGAAGCUGGGGGGCUGCCAUUUUUCCCCUGCUGCUGCUAACGUUUAACGGUAGAUGCUAAAGCGACGGGAGGGGCGGCUGGUUCGGGCUUUUCUAGCUUAGCUGGCCUCGGUGGAUCGAGACCGUAAAAGCGUAAUCUGUCGGUUCUCCGUCGGUCGACGCCAACGACCGUUGUUGUUUGAUGAAUUCGGUAUGGAGAAGGUAGCGGAGCCGUCUUGGACCUCUUCGUACACCUACCAGGUGAGCAAGCACAGCGCGGAGAUGCUACACAACCUCAACGUUCAGAGGAAAGAUGGAGGCAGGUUCUGCGACGUGAUCCUGCGCGUCGGCGAGGAGAGCUUCCCCGCUCACAAAGCGGUGCUGGCCGCCUGCAGCGAGUACUUCGAGUCGGUGUUCGGCCGUCAGGCAGAGGGCGAGGGCGACGCCAAGGAGCUGGAGAUGCACACGAUCAGCCCGAAAGUUUUCAAAGACAUCCUGGACUUCGCUUACACCUCCAGGAUCGUGGUUCGGCUGGAGUGCUUCCCGGAGUUGAUGACGGCUGCCAAGUUUCUGCUGAUGCGGUCCGUCAUCGAGAUAUGUCAGGAGGUCAUCAAGCAGUCCAACGUCCAAAUCCUCGUCCCAACCACCCGGGGAGGAGAGGCCAGCCUCUUCCAGGCCGCGGGGGCCACGGAGCUGGGUUUCCCCGUGGCUCCGCCGGAGCUGGUAAACGGAACGGGUAUAUUGUUGAACGGCCAAGGCUUUGUGAACAGCAUGCAGAUGCAUUUGGACCAGAGCGGAGACACGCCAGCAGUGCUGCUGGAGGACGGCUGCGAGUCGUCGGUGCCGAUGCUGGAGCCUGUCGAAGGACUUUCCAUGUCCCCGUCGGCGGAAAUCACGGGGAGCAUGUUUCAUCACGACGCUGGCUCGCCUGGAUCCAAACGAGGAAGAGGGAGACCGAAGAAAGAGGCUGUCCACUUUAAUCACAUGAACCAGAAGGACAACGGACAGCUGUUCCCCUGCGGGGCCUGCGGGAAAGCUUUCACAGAAGCGUCUCGGUUAAAGAACCACGAAGCGCAACACGGAGCCUCCACCGGGGGCGUCCACAGCCUCGGAGACGGCCUGUCAGCUCCGGGGGGUCUGUCUUUACUAUCGCAGUCCGGGCUGCUGGAAAACGGGGUGCAGCUACCCGGAGGACUGGCGCUGGACAACAACCGCAAGCGGGAGCGGACCAGGCGGCAUGUGGGUUGUGACAUUUGCGGGAAAGUUUUCCGGGACGUGUAUCACCUGAACCGACACAAGCUGUCCCACUCCGGGGAGAAGCCGUACGCGUGUCCCGUGUGCGGGCUGCGGUUCAAGCGCAAGGACCGGAUGUCGUACCAUGUUCGGUCCCACGAUGGCUCGGUUGGCAAACCGUAUGUGUGCCAAAGCUGUGGGAAGGGUUUCUCCAGACCUGACCACUUGAAUGGACACAUUAAACAAGUGCACACCACAGAGAGACCCCACAAGUGCCAGAUUUGUAACGCCUCCUUCGCGACAAGAGACCGCCUCCGGUCGCACCUGGCGUGCCACGAGGACAAAAUUCCCUGCAAAGUUUGCGGGAAGUUCCUGCGAGCCGCAUACAUGACGGACCACCUAAAGAAACACAGCGAGGGAACUCACAACUACUGUGGCAUUUGCAAUAAAGGUUUCUCCACUGCGUCCUACCUUAAGGUUCAUAUAAAGACACACCAUGGCUCAUCACUGCCCAGUUCUGCCACAAUGCACACCUUCCCUGAUCCAAGGGGGGAGCUGCAGCUCCAGAUGCACAACGGCACCCCUUACCAAACGGGACGCCUGUGCUCAGUGGAAGACGGGCAGGAAAACGCUGGCAAGUGUCCCCACCUGGAGUCGGAGGAGUCGGAUACUUCGCUAAGGGAAUUGUCCAACGUUGACGAGCUUAAGUCUCCGACCAAACCCGACGGACCGGAGCUUGAGAUGCCCUCCCUUGCCUGCAACGGGGCUCCCACCGGGAUUCUUGGCUCUCCAGAUGCUUCUAAAGCCAACGGAGACCCUGAGAAGAAGUUUAUCUGUGGGAUCUGUGGCCAGGCGUUUCGCACCAAGUCCUACCUCAACAAGCACCAGCACCGAGUUCACAAAGCCCAGCGGGCCCACGGGGUCCCGGGGUCUGGCUUAAGCGAGAUGGCACCCUCCCUAACAUCCCCGUUCUCCCCCCAACAAAACAUGUCCCUCCUCGAGUCAUUCGGCUUUCAGAUAGUCCAGUCUGCCUUCGCCUCGUCUCUUGUGGAUGCUGAGGCAGGUCAGAGUGGAAUCGACUUUGGAGGGAAGUAACGGUUUCUCGGAGGCUUUUACAGGCCGUCGUUUGGUCUCUUCAUUCUUAGGACAAAGCCGGGUUGCCCACAGAAAACGCCCCGUGUUUGGGAAAAACUUUGCCUCAAGACUACUCUUUUUGUUUGUCUCGUUGCUUAACCUGCAUCCAGAGUUUUUGUCAGAAACUGCCAUUGAAGUCCUACUUUUCUACUUUUUCAGAGGAUAAAAAGGGGUGUGUUCACCAUUUAAAGUUUGCGUUUUUUUUUCACUGAUGUCAGUCUCUGAAGGCUAUGUUACAUUUCUUUCUCUGAUGGUUUUAUUCUGAGCUUUCUCAGCUGCACAAAUAUUCUUCUCAUGAGAUGAUUUAUUGACGUUACCGUUUGGUGUAGUUGCUAACUAACUCACUUUAGCUGCUCUCGCCAGCUUUAAAAUGGAUCCUUGGCCAUCCCAGCAAUUACAGAUGUCUUUACCUCAGAGCAACAGCAGGGCUUAUAUUUAGAUUCAUAUAAACAUUUUUUUGUUUUCUAGGUGGGAAUUUAAAUUGGCUUCAGUUUUUUUUUGUUACAUUGUGACGAUGAAAAAUACCGAGCAGGCUGACACUAUUUGAGAAAAAGAGAUGCAUCACCCAAUCGGCUCAUCACCCUGGUAAAGAUUCAAAACUAACCUUAAAAUAAAUGAAUCUGUUAUUGCAGCAGCACUGAAAAAAGUGAAAACAAAAGACUUUCAAGUGGCACACUUAUUAAUAACUCACCCUAUAGAAGCUCCAAUUACUUUUUUUAAACCAAUUUUUGGUGCCUAAUUGAUCUCCUAAAUAGCGAAAAAUGAAAUACUUAUUCUAGCUCAGGUCAAGUUGAAAACUGAACUGUUUUACCAUUAAAAUGUUAAUGGGAACCUAAAAAUACAGUAAAGUACUCCAGGUAGAGGGGAAAUGGUUUCUACGAGAUCCAUUCAGAAUAAAUAACAUAUUUCCAACGUCUUAUUUGUGAGUAAAACACACUUGCAUUGAUAUGAGUUUCCUUUAUUGGUCCCACAUGACUCUUAUUUCAGAACAAACAACUCAAUAGGGUUCACAUUUUAAACUGUCUUUAGUAUCUGAGAUUAGUGUUUAGCACAAAGAAGGCAAUUAUUACUCACUUGUAAACAGUGUGUAUAUAGUGAAAGUGAAGUCUUAACUUUCAGUAAGAGGACAGGUCUUUGGCUAUUCCCCUUUACACAAUCUCUCUAGGCCAUUCAGAGGUCAAGGUUCUCUCUUAUGCUGUCUUCUCUUCAGCUCUUCCCACGACGUUUCUGUAGGAUUUAGGUCUGGGUGACUGAGAUCACCAUGGAAACAGGCAGUCAUGUUUCAAAUGCAUAAUUUCUGUGUUCAUUUGAUUUGUUUUGUUAAUUAUCAUGGUAUCUCAAAGAGUUCAUGAUGCCAAAGUUUCUAGGCCCUGUAGAAGAGAGACAGACCCACAGUAUCACAGGUCCUCCACCAUACCUUUAUUAUGGAGUGUUUUUUGCUUUAAAGCUUAUGUUUGUCAUCUGGUCUAAGCACACGGUUCAGGUUAAAGUAACCAACAGAGUUUGACAAACAUUGAGUUUUGGCAAGAUAAGAACUGGUCCUCGUUCACCUUAGUUCCAGUUGUAGUUAAAACUUUAACAUAACUCUGACUUUUGGUGUGGAAAAGCAAAGAUUAGUAGCUAUUUUUGUAGGUAUUUAUAGACUUCUGAAGAUCAACAUAUGUUGGACGUUUUUCUCAUUUUGCAGAGCUGUUAAGAGAAUUGAGUCCGUCACAUUGUUUAUAUAUCUCAGGACAAGAAGAAGCACGAAGUAAAUGUCAAUUUAUGUUAAUAUUACAUUAGUUACAUUAAAAUAUUUGUAAUUUUUACUGCAGGCUAAUAAUUGCAUCAUAAGAUAUUUUGUUCAUUAUUUCUAAAACUGAGUUGGAGGAAAGAAAAACAAACGUAAAUAUUUUACUUACUUAGUAUUGAGAUUAAGCUGCUGUGAUGCAGAUGAAUUUACAUUAAGGGUUUUCACUCAUCUGUACCAGGACUGCUGUAUAUUAUGUUUUCAGAAAUGUCAGUUUUUAAACACCCUCACACAGUUAAGAAGCACUUUUCAAAGGGAUUCUCUUUGUUUAUGUUUUAUGUGCUCAAUAAAUUGUUUAAAAGGAGAAAAAAAAAUUCAAGGAAGAAAAGUCAUGCAUUGAUUUAAAUUUAGACAAACAUGGCUAGAGUUUAUUAAAUGGACAAUGAUCUGACUCUUUUUUAAGAAAAUCUCCUCUCUAUUUGAUACUGCUGAACCAGAAGUCCUACUUUGAUUACAUUUCUUAAUUUCACUAAAACGCGUCCAAACAGAGGAGGAGACUAAAAGAGGAAAUUGGGGAUUCGCAAACCGAUUUAAAUAGAAGGUCUGGAUAAUGUCGGUCUUUGUGUUAGUUUCUUGAAUGAGUUAAAUGCAUGAAACGGGGACCAAGAUCAGGUAUAUUUUCCUUAUGUAUUUUAAAAGAUGUAGAUUAUAUUUUAAUAACUUAUUCAUACUCUGAGUUUUGUGUUGUUGUUUUUUUUUUAAUUUACUGUCAAAAAUCUUGUUUUAUUCUUGUGUUUUCACUUUUAAUUUAUGGUAAACGGAGGCGUGAAUAUGUGUGUUGUGGAAGAGGUGUUGGGACGCUUCGCCGAGGGAACGAGUCGCAGCUGACAGAGCCACCUGGUCAAUGGUUUUACACCUUCAUCACAUGGACUUUCCCUCUUCCUCUUCAUCUUGUGCUCAGAGCCGUUUGUGCUGCGUCCUGUUGCUAUGGAUCUCUUUACAUUAGCGGCUGCUUUCUUGGGUUGGAUGUUACACGAUUGAUUCUUAAGUGAUGCGUUUAUGUGGCAGAGACAAACAAGCAGUUGAUUGAAAACCUCUUUUUUGUGGGGACAUGAGGAAUUAUGCAACAUAUUUAAUGGGUAUGCUUGAUUCAUGUCAAAGGCAUCAAACGUUUUGUAAAUUAAUGGCUAAAAUCACAUCCAGUCAGUUUAUUUUCAAACCCUCAGUUUGGUUUAUUCAUCACUCAAAGCUCAGCAGGAAUAAAAGCCAGUAAACAUUUAUGUUUUAAGUCAUUUGGCUCUUCCUCAAAAGCACCUGAUUCUACCGCAUUUCUGGAUUUACCUAAUUGCUGCUCCACCGCAGCCCUAAUCAUAACUCGCCUCCCUUACGUUUUCCUGUAAAUAUUUGAAGCUGAAGUACAAUGAAACGUUUUGAGCACAGAGUUUCGCUCUGUGAUAUCCAUACGGUUGCGAAGCAUCCACUAAACUCCACGCAUCGAAUUUAUUCUCAUAUUUGUUUAUUUUUGUUGAAGACGUGUAUUGCGAUGCAAAUCAGACUCAGUCUAGCAGUGAAGGGCUGAUGGUGUGUGUAUGUGGUGAGUGGAUGAUGGAUCUCAGUGUAUGCUGUUAAUUAUUUGUGAGUAUUUUAGUACAUUCCUAUAUUAUUUAUGGUUAUAUUGUGAUUGUAACAAGUGUAUAUACCUCCCAUACACGCACACACACCCCCACCUAUACACACUCUCUCUCUUUAUAAAUAUAUAUAUAAAUAGAUAAAUAUAUGAACCGACCUGUUUGAUCUGUGUUUGUAAGUGGUGAGUUUUGUACAUAUUAUGGUUUAGUUUCUUGUGUUGUUGGGAGGGAUGUUAAGUUAUGGCCAUCUGAAGUGUAAAGUUCAGGCAUGCAAGCUGAGCUGGGGGCUGAAUGUCGAUCACUGGUUGGUGGCUGUAGUCGUUUAUAUUAGUUACACUGAACUAUCUAUCACGUUGCCGUGGUAGCGCUCACACUGCCAGCUGCUCGACUCUGUGACCAAGCUUUUUCUUUUUCUCUUUACCCAUUCUGCACUGGUAUUUCCUCAUUUAAAGGCUUUGUUACAUUUACUGUUUAAAACACCUGGAAUAUGCUGUAAAGAAAUAAUAAACCUUUGUUUUAGACAUUAUUAGGAAUAUAUGAUCUGUUUAUUCGUUCCCAAAAUUGAAUUAUGACAUUAAUUAAUUGUUUUGGGUUAAAUGUUUUGCUUUCUGCUUUUUGUCUGUUGCAAAGUGCCUUCCAAAUACUGAUUGUGCUCAGCAGUGGAUUAAUAAAAAUAAAAUGGUCCUUUUUCUUUUCUAAAGGGUAAAAAUUGUACAGAGUGACUUGCAUUGACACUUUUGUAUAAAAAGCGCAUUGUACUCGACGGGAUUGCUCUUAAAAACACUUGAACUUUGUGUUUUGUUAUGACGUCUGGACAUAUUUCAUUAUGAGCUUACUUUUCUAUAGAUAUUUGUUUUUGUACUCUGUUAUUGAGUCUCGUCUCAAAUUCUUGGUUUAGAGAUGAGAAUCAAAUAAAUUGCAGCUGAAAAUCUCCAAA